AGUAGCCUGUUGCUCCCGACAAUAACAUUGCUGAACUCAGCUGUCACAACUUCUGCUUCGACUGCGCUGCACUGAUUGACAUUUGCACAAUUAACUCUACCCACCGGCUUUUUCAAGCACAACCACUAAGCGGUUUAGUUCGUUUUGUUCACAUUGCCAACCACUGCUCCCUUGUCCCAAAUUGGCUUUGAUAGUUGCCAGAGAAUGUUAGACCAUAAUGCUGACAAGACAUGACACAAGAUUUCCACAGAGAACCACAACACCACUGUGAAGAUGUCCUCCCUGUCCUUUGGAAUGGAUUGAUGCUGAAGUGAUGGAAAGCAAAGAGCAGAGCCUUCCAGAAGAACCGGCCGACACAACUCCCCUGCAAGGACUGCUCCACAUUUGGCAGUCAGGGGGGCAGAGGGAGCCACUUAGCCCAGAAAGAGUACUUCUGUCUCAGCGUGUCCUGCAGGUUGCCCUGGGAGAACAUCAUGGGCUCCUGCUUGCACAAGGUGGUCUUGUGUAUUCUUUUGGAGAGCUGCUGUGGAGGGGGCUCAGUGUUCCGCCUUCUGCCCCGUUGUUGGAGGUCUCGCUUCGAGGGACAACUGUGGUCCAUGUGGCUUGCGGUGGUUUCCAUUGUGGAGCCUUAAGCGAGCAGGGCAUUGUGUACAUGUGGGGGGAGAACACUGCAGGACAGUGUGGGCCAACUGAAGCCGACGAGGACUCAAACGUGACUGUUGCAGAACCGUACCCACUUCCUGUGGUGGACGACGAGGUGGUUCCUCCCGUGAAUGUUCAAAUUGUUGAUCUGGCUUGCGGGCGGGAGCACACUCUGGCAUUGUCCGCCCAGAAUGAGCUCUGGGCUUGGGGUAGUGGAUGCCAGCUCGGCCUUGUCACUAGCAACUUCCCUGUUUGGAACCCACAAAAGGUGGAACACUUGGCAGGCAGGCAUGUGAUUCAGGUUGCUUGUGGGGCCUACCACAGCCUCGCUCUAGUCCGUUGUUUACAUCGACAAAACAAUGAUACCCCUAAAUCGCUCGCUAAGCAGCCAUCGCAGAGGAACGAGCCUUUUGCUGUCGAAGAUGCACACUACUGUCCACUUGGGGUGGAGCUAACAGAAAGCAUGAGAGCAAAGACUUCAGCCAAGAGACGCUCCAGACAAAGAAUGCGGCCAGCUGGCAGUAGCAAUGGAUCUCAAACGGAUCUGUGUCCAUUCUCAUACAGCAUAUCCGACAAUAAAGAGAAUGUACUUCUGGCUGGUACAGACAUUGAGCCUGAUGAACACGCUGACCCUCUAACCCAGACGGACAGCUGUACUCCAUCGUACCCACUGCCAGCCUUGACAGAUAAAAAGAAACCUGAUUUGCCUAAUGAGCUAGAGCUUCACAACCUCCUCCAGAAACUCUCUGGUCACUCAUUAGCGAUGCAACAUAGCAGCAGGCUCGGAGAUGCAGACUCUCUCAGCAGUCACACCUCAGAUGACAGCUAUGUUUCUUCAACUCCUUCUAAUGAACCACUUCAUCCCAGUGGGGAAAAUGACUUGCCAUUUAGUGAGGUAGUCCGGUCCUCCUCUCUAAUGGCCUUGGAAGAGGUUUCACCAUGGAAGAAAAAAAUACUGCAAGUGCACAAGAGUAUUAGUCUUACAGACAUAAACCUGAAGGGCAAAACAGGAAACAGGAGAUGCUCCCUACCUGGAACUCCGACUCAUGCAACCCCAAGGCGACAACAACUUUGUGGAAGUAAGCAACCCUCUUUUGCAGAAGACGGGUUUCCGUCCUUGGAGACGGAGGUGUGGAGCUGGGGCAGAGGGUCCGAGGGGCAGCUCGGCCAUGGAGAUCAGCUGGCCAGACUCCAGCCUCUUUGUAUUAAGUCUUUGACAGGCGAGGAAGUGAUCAAAGUCGCCGCAGGAUCACACCAUUCGCUAGCUCUCACCGCUCAGUGCCAGGUCUUCUCAUGGGGAAGCAACAUGUGUGGGCAACUUGGUCAUGUCAAUAGUCCUGUUACUGUCCCACAACAAGCUAAGUUGCCCGAUGGUCUCCGGGCUUGGGAUAUAUCAGCAGGCCAGAGCCACUCCCUCCUACUGGCAGACGGAGACAGCGACCAGCCCGUUUUGUUAUACUGUGGGAAGCAGCCGGAGCCUAAUUCGAAGCCGAGCGAGAAAUCCAACCGGAGUGCCAGAUCGUGCCAGCGAUCACCAAACAGGGCUGAAAGUUACACAGUCAGACCCAGGCUGAUGCCUUUCAGCAUGGAGAAGGGUUACAUCAGCAAUGUGUGCAGUGGUGGUCAAAGGUGUGCACUGCUGGCCAACCACAACACCAUUGGUCGCAUUUCGGCCCUCCAUGAGUUGGCCUCAACUGAGAGGAGGUUUUACUACUGGUUGAGCAGCCUAAGAAAGCUGCUUCUCAUGCACCUUUUUAACAAAGAGAGUGUGCAUCCAUCCCUUGGUGACCCGUGCACGCGUCUCUUCCUAGCCAUGUAUAAGAAUUUCAUUCACCUGAGUAACCUUACUGGUCAACACUCGACGUCGCUCACCCAUUUCCUCCACACCGGGCUACGUCGGGAUGUCACUUCACUUCACCUGAUCACACACAUUCAGCACUUCCUGGACAGCUUUUCUGAAUAUUGUACCGCUGUAGGGGACUUUCAGGUCAUGGGUGGGUUUCAGUUGCUUCAUAAACUCUCACGUGAGUGUUUAGGAUCGAAGCAAAGCAAGCUUGCUCAACUUCCUGAACUGGACCCAUCAGUGAGCGGCGAUGUCGAUCUGGGUUUCUUGUUGUACUGGCCUAUGCAGCAGUUGCAGCACUACAGUGGAGCUCUUCUUAAACUGGCAACCUGCUAUGACGUGCUUACAACAGAGUAUCAGUCCCUCUAUCAGAGCAGUAUGCAGUAUGAGCAGCUUUCUGCAACACUGUUGAGGAGAAAAAAGGAGGCUGAAGCCACUCUUCUCUUCUGGAAGAGUCACUCUGGAAAAAACACAGAGGGUCUGCGUCUCCCACAGCGGCGAGUGUUAUGUGAAAGCAGCAACAGAACUCUCACCUUGCAGGGCGCCGGCCGCUUCUCCAACCAUUGGUUCAUACUGUUCAAUGACGCGCUGGUUCACAUACAGCGUGCCGCUCCUCCUAAGAGUCUUUUCUCCACUCAUCGCGUCUACCCUGUGAACCUUUUGUGGGUAAAACCACUUCCUGAAAAUGACAGUGGAAGCUAUGCGAUCAAAAUGUCAUGUCCAGAAGAGACAUUCAUACUGGUGGCUUCAACACCGCAAGAGAAGAACAAGUGGCUGCAUUUUCUUAAUCAAGAGGUGGACCGGGUGCUGAGUGGUGGAGGUCAGGGGUCAUCGCCAGGAAUAACAGCAAUGUCCCGCACGGCUUCCUAUACUUUCACAGGAGAGGGUCGGUUCAAGGAUGCACAGUAUACUGGGAGCUGGCUGGCUGGAAGAGUUCAUGGCAGAGGAACAAUGAGAUGGCCGGAUGGACGUACUUACACUGGGAAUUUUAAAAAUGGACUGGAAGAUGGUUAUGGUGAAUGUAUGAUUCCUGACAAAUUGCUGAAUAAAGCAGGCUGCUACCAAGGACACUGGAAAGAUGGCAAGAUACACGGUUUUGGCAUUUAUAGGUAUGCUUCUGGUGAGGUAUAUGAGGGCUGUUUCAAUGAAGGCCAGCGCCACGGCUAUGGCAUGCUGCGCUCUGGGAAAAUGGACAAGAAUUCUUCAAACGUCUUCAUCGGCCAGUGGUUCUGCGAUAAGAGGACUGGAUAUGGUGUCUGUGAUGACAUCACCAGGGGUGAGAAGUACAUGGGAAUGUGGCUGGAUGAUGAGAGGCACGGGAGCGCCGUGGUCGUGACUCAGUACGGCAUGUACUAUGAAGGCAAUUUCAGGGAAAACAAGAUGAGUGGCCCCGGUCUGCUGGUAUCAGACGAUGACACAGCCUUCCACGGGGAGCUUUCCGAAGACUGGACUAUUAACGGAAAGGGUGUUUUGUCCCUUGCAAAUGGUGACACUAUACAGGGCCACUUCAGUGGGGAGUGGAGCGGAGGCCUGAAAGUGGACGGAAUUUACACUAGACUGGCCGGUGAUGAAAUUGAAGACAAAGAAAGAAAGAACUUUUUCAGGUUGGGUCAGUAUGUGGUGGCUGCAGAAGAACGAUGGAUGUGCGUUUUUGACGAAUGCUGGCGGCGACUGGGCUGCGACAUCGCAGGCAGAGGAGAGCGUGCAAUGGCCUGGGAGAACAUUGCCGUUUCCAUUACCAGUGCACGGCGACACAGCCCGGACCUCAGCAGGUCUCAAUCCAAAGUUCUUGAGUGUUUGGAGUGUAUUCCUCACCACGCAGAUGCAGUCACAAGCACCAGUUAUGACAACAUACGAAAAUACCUCACUAAGGCAUGCGAGACCCCAAUCCACCCGCUUGGUUGGCUAGUGGAGACGCUGGUGACUGUCUAUAGGAUGACAUACUUGGGUGUGGAGUCAAACCAUAGGUUGCUUAGGGAGGCUGUGAAGGAAGUGCAUGCUUACCUCAAACACCUCUACUCCAUUGUCAGGUUCCUUUUUCCUGGUUUACCAAAUGAUGGCAGCGUUCUACCAGAUACUCCUGUUUCUCCAUGUAGAAUCAGAUACAGCUCAUAUUCAGAUGAGCCAAGCUUUGUCUCAGUUGUAAGCAGCUCCGCUCUGCUCCUCCCACUGCUGCUCCCUCAACUCUAUCAACCUCUUUUCGUGUUGUACUGCCUCCACGACGAACAGCAGGAAGCGCAGUACUGGGAGCGCAUCUUGCGACUCAACAAGCAGCCUGAUCAGUCCUUGCUCAGUUUCCUAGGAGUUCAGGAGAAGUUCUGGCCAAUGUGGAUGUCUGUUCUGGGGGAGAAACAACAGAUUGUAUCCAGCAGUAAAGAUGUCAGUUUUGGAGGUGCCGUUGAAACACUCCAACAAAUCAGCACCACUUUCACUCCGUCAGACAAACUCCUAGUCAUCCAGAAUACCUUUGAGGAAUUGACCCAGGAAAUAAAACCCACGCAGGACGGUGACUUCCUGUGGUGCAUGGACGACCUGCUUCCUCUCUUCCUCUACGUUGUGUUGAGGGCCAGAAUCAGAAACCUAGGAGCUGAAGUGAGUCUAAUAGAAGACUUGAUGGACCCCAACGUUCAGCAUGGCGAGUUGGGACUGAUGUUCACCACGUUGAAGGCCUGCUACAUGCAGAUCCAACUGGAGUCGGUGACAUAGCAAUGAGCAAGAAGGACCGAACCAGCAACAAGCAUUAUUCCACUUUGCAUACAGAACCACGAACAAGUAUGUUUCAACAUUUCUCAUUGGGUGUUCUCAAUUUUCAGCUACUUUUAGAACUAGUGGUCUGAACACAAAACGUCUCAGGGAAGCUUAAGUCUGAUGUUACAUUCUUCAUGCUGUUUUUAAGAAAGGGAACACAACUAAAAUGAUUAUUACUACUGACUAUUUGCUUUUUGAAGCAAAACAAAAUAUAUUUGCAUGCUUUAGCAGUCAGUAUUUUUAUAAGCAUUUCACUGGUUGCAAACUAGAUAAAAAGUUCUAUUUCAUGUAAAAAAAAUAUGACAAAUUAUAUAUUGUUAGUGUUGAGAGAAGUCACUACUUUUCAGGAAAUUUAAAAACUAAAAAUGCAGCUGUGUAUCACUACAAUAUUGUAUAAAAGUUCAUUUAUUGUAGUAUCUUGAUUGAAAAAGUGAAACUAAAACACUACUAAAUUCAAACUGGUUUGUAGUGAAGCUUUAUAAUCAAUGGCUCUUUUUGAUUUGGACUUAUGAAUUUUCACCACAAUCUUCAGUUUUUAUAGACACAUUUCUCGGGGAAUCAGUACAGUAUAAAGUUAUAGGUAUUAAAAAGGGAAAACACUUAUAAGGGUGUGGUCAUCUUUCAGAUUUAAAUUUAUGAUGAUUUUGCUGACUACUGGUUAAAAGCAUUUCGUGCAAUUUUUUUAAGGGGGGGUGCGUGAAUAGCCACUGUUACUAGUUUUUCUAUGAAUGAUACACUACUGCAUUUAGGCGAAUGAACUAAAUAAGCACUUUUGGAUUCUUUCUUUUUACAUGCAAAUGCAGGUGUUUAUCUUCUGUUGGGUGUCACAUUUCACAGUUAAAUAUAUGAGAAUUGUACUUUCAAAUAAUAUCCUGUAUGGAAUUUUUUUUUUUCUCGUUUUGACUUGUGCACUUAAUCCAUUUUAGAACACACAAAAUACAUUCCAGGAAUCAGCACGGGUUAUCUGAAGUACUUGAAUGCAGAGUAACAAAUGCACUGUCAAUCAUGCAACAAAUUUUCACACUCUCAUAUCAGAUUUAGACAGUUCAUCACACAUUUCAAAUGUGUUAGACUGAAUACAUCGGUCUGAUUAUUUUUAGAAUUUUGUUAUGAGGAAUGUCAACAAUAAGAUGAGAACAAUCAUUUGUCAGUAGAAAUGAAUAUAGAUUCAUCUAAAUGAACAAUCAGAGAUGAAUAUUUUUGUAAGAGGAGAUUGAACAAUGUACAGUAUUUGUGAUGUUGCUGAAGCACAUUAACACUUUUUAACAUAUCAAAUGAGUGGCUUUUGCUUGACACCUUAAUUAAAGGAUUCACAUGAGUUUGCGUGUCUUAGUUUUGUUCUUUCCUCCAAAAACUAGAAAAUCGGUUAAAAUUUUAUGGAGCAAGUAUCAUGUAAUAUUACAGGUAGUCCCCGGGUUACGAACAAGUUCCAUUCCUAUGCAGGCGAUGCAACCCGAAUUUCCACGUAAAUCGGAAUUAAUCCUUUA